AUGUCUGACGAGGACGUUCUUGUGGAGCAGUCGGCGGACGAGGAAUCGUAUUCCAGCAACAAUCAAUCGUCCCGUAUCAGCCAGUAUCAAAACGGGGAGUCGAUCACGAUCGAUGAAACCGAUUCAGACGGCGAAUCUGAUGUUGUGGUUAGCAGUCGUGCCGAUAGUGAGGAUGAAAGUUUGAUCAUCCGCCUGAAGAAGCGUCAAAGCAAACGAAUGUCGAUGCACCCGAGACAGGCGGAAUCGGACGAUGACAGCGACCGUGCCCGCCAAUCCACUCAAAGCAACGAUCCGGAACUGACGGAAGAUGGCGAUGACGAGGAGGACAAGGAGGUGGAGUAUCGGGCGUACUCCCCGGCGACACGCCGAAGUAUCUACGGUGUGCGAUCGACCUCAACGGAGGAAGAAAGUGAUUCGAACGGCAACGGCAGCGAGAGCGACGACGGCGAAAUCAUCGCUGUUCGUCGGAGCACCCGAAAAAUGCUCGUUAUUUCCGACGAUGAGGACGAGGAGGAAGAUAAACCCACCGAAGUCCCACGGAACAAUUCCCGUAAGGGGCAAAGCUCUUUCGAAUGCUCGCUAACAAUGCAUAGUUUCGACGCAGAGAACGACCCGGACCCUGCAAAGCUCUCAUCCACGUUGAAUGAGGCCGAGGACGAAAGCCGUGGUCGCUCCGUGUCUGCGCCAGGUCAGACCAACGAUGGCCGGCAAUCGCUUUCGCACCAGUCGGCGGACGAUUCGAUUAGCUCCAAGCUCUCGUCGACUUUGAACAGUGAAAAAGCGUUUCAGCCACGGGGCACCGGCGGCGAUCGACAUUCGAUCAGCAUCCGAGCUUCGAUUGGAGAGAAGAUUUCUUCGACGCACAUAAAAGACGCAUCGCCGACGGACGGAGAGCCAACCGAUGGUCGGGCAGCGGAUGAGUCAAGUAGCGUUGAGUUGAUUGAAAAAUCGGAAGAAAUUUUUUGUGUCAGUAGUGGCGACGAAGGGUCGCCGGUAAAACCGGUAGUUGCGCCACAGCCUGUACGUAAAAGUGUUCCCCAACCGAUGGUACAGCCCACUCUGCCGGCGUUCGUACGAGAGCGGGUGUCCCAGAGCGAUUACGAUGCAAAUAUUCGCCGGAUGGCCGAUCUGAAAUCGCAACUCGUGCUGGGCGAAGGCAUGCUUCGGAAUGCUGCCAAACUCCCGGACGGCGGAGCCAGUUUGGUGCGCCGUCUGGGCGACAUUAAACAGCAAAUCUUCGCGCUCUCCAAGGAGAUGGAAGUUUCGCGACCCACACCGUCGAAGAAGGGUAUCAAGCAAGCGAUCCGCCAGCAGUUCGAGCAAGGCGUGCACCACAUUAGCUGGGAUGCGAUCAAAAAAGCGGCCGAUGACGCUGUACCGCUGUACACGGGCAAGAAGGGCAUUGCGACGUUCGAGAACCAAAAGAUGCUCACGAUGGAUCGUCUGCAGACGCUGCACAAGUCGAUCGAAACGUGCCCGACCGAGGACACGUUGGCCGAUCCGCCGCAGCUGCUCCAGAUCGAGCUGAUGGGUCACCAGCGGCACGCCCUGGCGUGGAUGUUGUGGCGCGAAUCGCAAAAGCCGCGCGGUGGCAUCUUGGCCGACGAUAUGGGUCUCGGUAAGACGCUAAGCAUGAUCUCGUUGCUACUGAAAGCGAACGAACUGGACCCGGACGGUGAAAAUCUGGCCGGAAGUGGUAGCGACGAGAGCGAAGAUGAGCAACAGGAGGGCAAAGCAAAGGGCGGUUGGUUGGCUAAAGGAAGGCGCGAUCACUACGUCGGCGGCACUCUGGUCGUGUGUCCGGCCUCGCUGAUGCGCCAGUGGGAAGGGGAGAUAACGAAGUACGUCAAGCGCAAUUCGCUGGCCGUGUGUGUCCAUCACGGAACGCAGCGAGACUCGAAACCGCGCUACCUGGCAAAGUACGACGUGGUCAUCACGACCUACAACCUUGUCUCGCGCGAGCAUAAGUCACGUGGAGGAGGUGCCGUGUUUGGCGUUAACUGGGAGCGACUGAUCUUGGACGAGGCGCACACCAUCCGCAAUCAUAAGUCGGCCAUGUCGGAGGCUUGCUGUGCGCUCCGCGGACGUUUCCGCUGGGCACUGACGGGAACACCGAUCCAGAACAAAGAGAUGGAUGUGUACGCUCUGCUCAAGUUUCUGCGCUGCACACCGUUCGACGAUCUGGUGCACUGGAAGCGUUGGGUGGACAAUAAGAAAGCCGACGGUACGAUGCGGCUGAACACGAUCAUGAAGUCGAUCAUGUUGCGCCGGACGAAGAAACAGCUGCAAGAGCGCGGUACCCUCAACAGUCUGCCCUCGAAGUCGAUCGAGCUGAUCGAGGUGGAGCUGGAGAAGGACGAAAUGAACGUCUACCAGAAGGUGCUCCUCUACUCGACCACACUGUUCGCCCAGUUCCUGCAUCAAAAGGCCGAGAAAGAGCAGCUGAAUUCGUACGGUUACGGUUACGGUUACGGCGAACGGCAAACGCAGGCUCACCGGGGCGUCACGAAUGCCUUCGAGAAGGUGCACCAGAAGCUGAAACGAAUGCACAACGGCGACGGUGGUGGUGCGGUGAAGCAGGUUGAGAUUUUGGUGCUCCUGUUGCGCCUCCGGCAAAUCUGUUGCCACCCGGGGCUGAUCGACAAGAUGCUGAGCGAUGACGAGGGAAACUUUGAUGUCUCCGGUGCCGACGAUUCGACGGCCAACGAUCUCGAUCUGCUGGGGCAGCUGAACAAACUGAAGCUAGACGAUGUCAUUGCCGAGCAGGAAGCGCUAGCGGAGAAAGGGACAACCGAUUUAGGGGCGGCGGCGAUAUCGUUAAACCUUUCCGACGAGCUCGCGCCGGCCAUCUCGAAGGCAUCCUCGAAGCUAAUGCUAAAGUCGAACCCGGUCUUCAAUCUCGGACGCGUCAGCUCGAAGAUCGACAAAAUGCUGCAGCUGUUGGAGGCGAAAAUCCUGGGCACCGACGAUAAGGCAAUCAUCGUGUCGCAGUGGACGAGCGUGCUGGAGAUCGUAGGGUCCCAUCUGUCCGCCCGGAAUGUGCGACACGUUUCGCUCACCGGAAAGGUGCCGGUGAAGUUUCGAAAUGACAUCGUAACGGACUUCAACAAACCGUCGCGAAAAACGCAGAUUAUGCUGUUGUCGCUGACGGCCGGAGGUGUUGGAUUGAAUCUCGUCGGAGCGAACCAUCUGCUACUGCUCGAUCCUCACUGGAACCCACAGCUGGAGGCUCAAGCGCAAGACCGCAUCUAUCGCGUGGGUCAAACGAAACCCGUCCACAUUUGGAAGUUCGUGUGCAAGGAAACGGUUGAGCAAAAAAUUCAUGCCCUGCAGCAGCACAAGCUCGCGAUCGCGGAUGGUGUGCUGACGGGUACGAGCAGCAAGGGCAGCAAGCUGACGAUCGAUGAUCUGAAGUCGCUGUUUGGAUUGUAA